AUGACGACUGCAGUGAUCUACAGUGACAUCCAGCCGUCUCGUGGUAGACAUAUCACAAUAGGCAUACGAGUGCUCCGAUCGCGUACAGUCCUCGGAACGGAUGGCGCCUCUGAUUGGUCAGCAUCUGGCAGGACUUGUGGGACCACAAGUCUCCCACGUGGAAGCGCCAAGACAACACGGUACCAGUACAGUGUCCGAGGGCGUUGGUGUUUGCCCGAGCGCACGCCGUCCGGGCUCUACACCGCUAAGAAGGAAGCGGCACAAGCCAGACUAGUCGUAGUGUCGGAUCGGCAGCAGCUGAUCCACUGGCAGAAGCUGGAGGAGAUACGAGAUACGGAGUACGGAGGACGGAGUACGAGCAAGAUGCCAUGUACAAGACAUGUCCAGCAACAAGAGCAAGCUGCACUGGCACAGAUAAAACCGUCUGGCGCUGUCUUUUGGGCGAGAUGUCACUGGUCGUCGUCCCAGAGCAAAGGCCGCCGAGUGCAUGAUCCUCUCGUCAGCAUGUCUCAACAGACCAUCUCCACCGAUCAUGUGCAGCGAUUAUGGAGACGCAUGGAGCGUUCCGUGAGACCACCAGGCCCUGGUCUUUUUGACUGCCGAGCUCCCUCUUGCGGCCUGCUGUGCUCGGCGCCUCUGGCAGGUCCGCAUCCGACAGGACAGACGGCGGCCUUGUGCAGAGGUCCGGCUCGAAAGACCCAAGACCCAGAGACCCCAAGACCCGAGAUUCGGCUGCACAGUGCGAACCGCACAAGCAACCCUCUCGUCCGGACCCCUGCCAACUCGAUCCAUGUGUCCAACCCCGCCAUAUGGUGA